GACGUUCAAGCAGCUCUAGACGACGCCUAUCUUGCGGCCACAGCGGAGGCUGAAGCUGCAGCAGCGCUGGCCAAAGCGACUGGCAUCGGUGUGGGCAUCUCGGAGAAAGUCACUCUUGGCGCAAGUUCGAGUUCUACUGCUGCUACUGGAAGUAGUUCAGCCGAGGGCAGUACUGUGGGCGGACCUGGAGAUCAGAGGAAUUCUCUACUCUUACUUGGAGACGCCUUCGAUCCUAUCUUAUCCACUGGCUCAUCCCUAACAAGAUCUCGCGCAAAUGGGACAACACGAGCAACCGCUCAACAACUCGCCAAUGAAGCCUGGGCUCGAGUUACCCCUUCCUGCCAGCCCGUUUAUGACGAAAUACUGGAUCCCAUCUUUGAUAUGUUAAAAAAGUAUGAAAACGAUUAUUGCUUGCAUCUAGGUCUUCAAGGCUCAAACCCACGUAGUGGUGUUCGGAUUUCUUGUGUCCAGAUCUUUGGAAUCAGGGAGUGGAAGUAA